UAAUCAACCGCAAAAUUGAAUAAUAGUACACAGUUUCGUGCAGAUUACUCAUUUCGAAAGUAAAAGUUUCUGUGUCAGCAUGAGGCUACUCUUCUUUUUAUUAUCAGUGUUUUGUGGUAGUGAACUUGUAAAAUGUGCGGAAAUUUUAGUUGCGAUCCCCACUCCUUUUUACAGCCAUCAGGCUACCUUCAGACCUCUCUGGAGAGAGUUGGCGAAACGCGGUCAUAGAAUAACUCUCAUAACCACAGAUCCCAUGGAAGAAAACGAGAAUAUCACACAGAUCGACUACAGCUACAUCUAUGAAUACAAAAAGGAAUUAGAAAAGGCCUUAACAGGCACCACGAAUAUUCUAGGCAUGAUAAAAGGUUUUGCUUCAACAAGUUCAACAGGAGAUAAAAUAAUGACGUAUCAGAUGACACACCCUGAUUUGUUGAAGCUAUACAAGGAAAAGAAACAUUUCGACCUUUUAUUUGUCGAACUCAUAAUGCCAAUUUUUGUAUCCCUCAGUCAUAAAUUCAACUGCCCUUUCAUCGGUCUCAACACCAUGGAUGCACCUGUUGGAGUUCAUGCAAGUGUUGGCAAUGCUAUCAAUCCAGCGAUGUAUCCUUUCGCUGACUUUGGUUUUGGAGACAAACUUUCGUUUGUGGAGAGGGUCAAGUCGGUUGGAUUUGUCGUCGCUUAUUUUGUUGUCCUGAAACCAUUCUUGGGAAGAAAGGUUAAUGGGUUAUUUAAGGAGUACGUUGGGGAUAACGUUCCGGAUGUUCAGGAGUUGGAAAGAAACGUCAGUGCCAUAUUUGUCAAUGCAAAUCCUUUGUUCUUCCCAUCAAGGCCUAUAACACCAGUCACUAUUAAUUUGGGGGGAGGUUUGCAUAUCAGCGAGCCCAAACCAUUGCCAAAGGACUUGCAGAAAUACCUAGAUGAAUCGAAAGAUGGUUGUAUCUACGUAAGCUUCGGAACAACGGUCAAUAGUGCAUAUCUAUCCGCUGAACAAAAAGAAGUACUUACCAGCGUGUUCAAGGAUAUGGCACCAAUGAGAAUCCUAUGGAAAUUCGACGAAGUGGACAUAGCAAACAAACCCAAGAAUGUCGAAAUAAGAACCUGGGUACCACAACAAGACGUGCUCCGUCAUCCGAAUGUGAAGGCUUUUAUUACUCAGGGAGGCCUGCAGUCUAUGGAAGAAGCCAUUGAUAGCGCAGUUCCAAUGCUGGGAAUGCCGUUUUAUGGAGAUCAAAAUAAUAAUGUCAACAAAAUGGAAACUAAGAAGUUCGGCUUGAAAUUGCUACCGACUGAAAUGAAUAAAGAAUCUUUAAAGGCGGCGUUGAAGGAACUUCUGGAGAAUCCAAUAUACAAAAAGAAUAUUGACAAAUUAUCAGCUAUCUCUAAAGAUCAGCCAAUGAAAGGUCUGGAGAAGGCCGUUUGGUGGACGGAAUAUGUACUGCGUCAUGGUACACAGCAUUUGAGAAGUCCAUCAGCAGAUAUACCUCUUUAUCAGUAUUACUUUUUAGAUGUUAUUGCUGUCGUCUCUGUGUGUGCUUACGUGUUUUACAAACUCAUGAAAUCUCUUAUUUUAACUUUAGUGUUAAUUUUACGUAAAUUAUAUAAUUUCUUCAUCGUUAAGAGGAAAAGAGAUUAAAUCUGCAUCACUGCCCUGUUUUUAA